AUGGCUGAAACAUCCCCUGCCCCAUCCCUGUGGGGUCACCCUGUCCGAUCGGAGUCCUGGGCACCGCCUGCCUCGCUGUCAUCCUCCCCAGGAGUGACACACGUGGCCAUUAGGGCUGAUGGCCGUGUCUGUCGGGGUUGGGGUGGCAAUGAGCUGUUCUCAGUGAGGAUGCCAUUAAAGUCCGUCCGUCCAGUGGCUGUGUGUCCUCGUGACAGCGCCGUGCCCGAGGAGCCCAGCCGGGGCUGCUCACCUCGCAGGGGACUGGAGGAGCACCGUGCUGUGCGCUGCGCACCCAGCGCCGCUCAGAGGCGAUGUGCUGGGGAGCAGAGGGCACUGCUGAGCUGGCAGCGAGGUGAGCCGGGCAAUGAGGAAGAAAAAGAGAAGAAACCUGACCCGGGGGUGGAAUUAAAAAAAAAACAACACAACCACACCACCAAAGCACAUCAGCUCAGCACCGUCACAGGACGCAUCCGGGCGCAGUCGGGGCGGGCACGGAGCGCACUGGUGGAGGUUUUGGCCGCCCAUGGUGGUCGCUGGUGGCCCAAGUGCUCGGGCACGCCGAGGGACCCAGCGCGGCCAUGUAGAGCAGAUGGGGACGGGAUGAGCCCUGCGCUGCGCCUGCUGCUGUCCCUGGCCAGCUGCGCCCUGCUGCGAGGUACACCGCUGCCGCCCCAGGGGGUGCGGCUGUGGGCUCAGAACUUCCACGUGCAGCUGCGGUGGGAGCCCGACCCGCAGGCACCGAACGGGACCGCGUACCAGGUGGAGUGGAGGAAGAGAACCUCCCGCUGGACCAGGGCAGACACCUGUGGGGGGAACAGCACCGGCUCAUCCUGGGCGUGUGAGCUGCGUUGUGAUGACAUCCAUGGUAUCUACUGGGCGAGGGUGAGAGCAGUGCAGGAUGGCGAGUCGUCCCCGUGGGUCAGUUCCAACGAGCUGCUGCCAUACAGAGACACAAUUGUGGGCCCCCCCACCUUAUCCUGGCAGCUCCAGGGCCACAACCUCAGCAUUAAACUCAGUGCACCGCUCACCCCGUACCAGAGCAGGCAUGGAUCCUACAAACCGCUCAGCAGAGUGCUGCGGAAGCUGCGGUACCACCUGCGUCUGUACCAUGGGGAUGUGCUGCAGCAGGAGGUGCCCUGCAGGUGGACCACCAGGAAAGCAUCGUGUACCUUCAGGUUCCUGAUGCCCAGCAUGCAGUACUGCAUCCGCACGGUGGCAGUGGGCAUAGCCCCACAGCGGAGCCUGGAGGCUGAGCAGUGCCUGAUGACACCAGCAGGUCCUGCAGCCUUCCCCUGGGUGCUCCUGGCUGCGCUGGUUGCUGCCCUCCCACUGCUGAGUGUGCCUGCUGUCUGCCUGACCUGUGUGUACAUCUUCCCAAAGUCCUCUGAAAUGCACCUCCCAAAAAUGCUGUCUCUGCUGCCCAGCAGCUCUGCGGUGCCCACCCUGGAGCUGCAGGAGGAUGCACCAGCCCCACUGCUGCCAGCCCCCAGCGAGCACCCAGCACCCCCCCCACUGCUGCUGGGGGGGUGGUGUUUCCAGGAGAGGAGCGGUUACUGCCCCAAUGGGUUUGGGAUGGAGUGGCACGAGGGUAGGACUGCACCCAGCUCCCAGCCAAGCUCCUGGGCACCAGCACUGGAGGAGGACGAGGAUGAAAGCGACAGGGAUGCAGCGGCGGUGUCUCCAGCCAGCAGCGUGAUGGAUGGGGACUAUGGGACAUCAGAGACGUGGCUCUCCCCGCACCUCCAGCUUUAUUCCACAGCUCUUGGAGCUGGCAGCAGCCUUCUUCCUGCCCUGAACACCAUCAGCUUCAGCCCUGGUGAGCUGCAGGAGGACGCAGCUGGGUCCUGGGUACCACUCAGCUCUGUGAGGUUACCGGGGACCGAGCUGGGGGUGGAUGACAGCAGCACGCAGCAACGGGGCUGUCCCUGCAUGCUGCCCAGCUGGCACACAGGCACACCUCACGAGGAGGAGGCAGCAGCACCCCCAGAGCAUCGCUUUGCCUUGCUGGGGGCUCCUGAAGCAGAGUGCGAGGAGUGAGAGCCACCACCCAACCCCCACAUCUUUAUUUAUCCCCCUGUAGCUGUAGAUGUGUGCGUGAACAGGGCAUGGCCUGAUGCAGAUCUGUACAUGUGCACACACAGACAUCUCUCUGUUAGAGAUUUUUUGGUGUUUUUUUUUCAAUUUGUCAGGACUGUGCAGUUGUUAUUACUUUUUCAAUAAUACUAAUUUAUUGCUGAAAGCUC